GAGGGAUAUAUCCCAUGAUCCCCUGCGGAAGGUGCAUUGGGGUUGGUGAAUACAUCCCAUGAUCCUCCCCCCCGUGGGGGGACUAUAUCCCAUGCUGCCCCUCGCCGCCCCCGUUUCCGGUCGGCGCCGGAAGCGGCCGGCGCUCGGCACGAUGGCGGCCUGCGGGUCGGUGGUGCUGCUGCUGCUGCUGGCGGUGGCACCGGGCCCGGUGCGGGGCUCGGCCGGGGACCGGGAGCCGCUGUACCGGGACUGCCUCGGCCGCUGUGACCGCCGCAACUGCACCGGAGCGGCGCUGCGCCGCUUCCGGGCCCGGCAGCCGCUCUGCAUGCGGCUCACAGGCUGGACCUGCCGCGACGACUGCAAGUACGAGUGCAUGUGGCUGACGGUGCGACUGUACCUGCAGCGGGGCCACCGCGUGCCCCAGUUCCAUGGCAAGUGGCCCUUCUCCAGGUUCCUGUUCUUCCAGGAGCCAGCCUCAGCCUUCGCCUCCUUCCUCAAUGGCCUCGCCAGCUUCCUCAUGCUGCUGCGCUACAAGGCCACCGUGCCCCCCACCUGCCCCAUGUACCCCACCUGCGUCGCCUUCGCCUGGGUCUCCUUGAACGCCUGGUUCUGGUCCACGGUUUUCCACACCAGGGACACGGCUCUGACUGAGAAACUGGAUUAUUUCUGUGCUUCCGCCGUUGUCCUGCACUCUGUGUACCUGUGCUGCGUCAGGACCCUGGGCCUGCAGCGUCCAGCCUUAAUCAGCAUCUUCAGAGCCUUCCUCCUGCUCUUCCUCGCCUGCCACAUCUCCUACCUGACCCUCGUCCGCUUCGACUACGGCUAUAACAUGGCUGCGAACGCAGCCAUCGGGCUGCUGAACGUGGCCUGGUGGCUGCGGUGGUGCCUGCGGAACCAUCCACACCUGCCCCACGUCUGGAAGUGUGUGGCUGUGGUGCUGCUGCUGCAGGCGCUGGCACUGCUGGAGCUGCUGGACUUCCCCCCCCUGCUCUGGGUGCUGGAUGCACACGCGCUCUGGCACAUCGGGACCAUCCCACUCAACGUCCUCUUCUACAGCUUCCUGAUGGACGACAGCCUCUACCUCCUCAAGGCCAACUCUGACCUCCUCAAAGCGGAUUAGAGCUGCAGGGGGGCUGGGGGGGGGCACAUGUGCCCCUUUGUGCCCCCCUGGGGUCCUGCCCUGUGCCAAGCACCCCCCUGCUCCCCCCCCCUCCGGCCAUGGGGUCCUUCCCCCUGUUGCCUUCUCUCCACACCCCCCCGUGCCCCACAUCUCCGUGGGGGGGGGCCCUGCUGGCUGCUGGCCGGCUUUUGGGGGGGGGGGUCUGUGUGUAAUGAGUGGGGCUGGAGCGGUGCCUUGGGGCUGGGGGAGCCCCCCCCUUGCCAAAGGGUCUGUGCCCCCCCCAAACCUGAGUGUUUUGUGGGAUGUGAAUAAAGAUGAGCUCAAGUUCAA